AUGCGUUUCCUCCAUCUACUUUACGCCUCACUUGCCACUUGCAUACUGGAAGUGAGAGCUUCAAAGUGUUCUCCAUUCCCUUCUUCAGUGGUCGAAUUCUCUUUCGGAUUCGAACAGCCAGAGCCUCCCUCCAUCAAGGCUGAAUAUGGGACCAACUUCAUCCAACACAAGUGGAAUCAAAACCUGUCGCACAUUACGACUGGUUAUAUCAGAAAUUCCCCAUCUCAGCUUCUUGUCCGUGCUGAUGAAGCCUACAAUGGCACUUUGGCAUCUUCCGUCUUCAAUUACGCCAACUCUACCAAGGACGGCCUGGUGGAUAACACGCUUACUAGUUAUGAUGAGUCUGGAAAGCCAACCAUGUGGAGGGGGUUCGUUAACUCGAACUUUCCUUUGUUUCCUGAAAGCUUUCUUAUCGACAAUGAUGCUGUUUUUGGUGGGCUAGUUGAUCGACAAUUCAACGAUGGGCCUGUGGCAACGUGGAACAUUAUGUACCAGGGGGCAAUCCCUGUCACAGUCUAUGUGAACAACUGCAACAUCAUGGUUGGAUAUGACUAUUUCUCCCCAGGACUACGUACAAGGGUCAUCACCGAAUACUUUAACAUUCAGGCCUAA